AUGGCGGUUGAAUCGUUGGAACAAAAAGCAUCAGGAAUAAAAGUUUAUCUAGAUCAUCCGUGGAAUCUUGUUAAAACAGGAUUUCUUGUUCUAACAUGGAUCACUUUGGGAUUUCAUUUGGAAAUAAUUGGCCCGACAAUGCAAGCAGUGGCAUCGAAUAUCAACGUUCUUUACAAUGGAAUGGGCUCGAUUUUAGCUUCGAGAAGUGCGGGUUAUUUCGCUGCGAAUAUUCUCGGCAUUGUUCUACAAAAUAUUGUUAAACAACAUUCCUAUGCGCUGUUGAUACUUGCUUUCAUCAUUCCCGCUUUGGUCAUGUUUAUCACACCGUUUGUAACAUCAUGGGUAUUGAUGUGUCUGUUAUUUUUUACUCAAGGAGCUGCUCAAGGCUUCUCAGAUUUAGGCGGAACGAAUAUUUUAUUAACGAUCUGGGGUGUACAUGCUACAGCGCCAUUAAAUACAGCGCAUUUAGGCUAUGGUAUAGGUGCUGUUUUUGUGAAUCUACUUGUUCGUCCAUUUCUCAGCCGAGAGAAACCAACGUUUAUUGUUGUGACAAACGAAACAGUGGAUUCAACGGUACCGUCUGGUAAUAAAUCAAAUAUUGUGAUUCCAUAUGUGAUUACGGGAGUUCUGUGUGCUGUCAUUGCUUGCGGUCAUACGUUCUUUUAUAUUUGGGAAUUGAAAAAUCGACGAGAAAAGCUUAUUGUUCAAUCGAUGAAUUAUGAUGUGGUUAGUACGAAUCCAGAGAGAAGUAGUACUUCGGUCAAAAAACAACCAUCUUCUCCUUAUUCGCCACGAACAUGUGGACGGGGAUAUUUUCAAUAUGGAUUGAUUCUAUCGGCUGUAUUCAUUGCUUACUUCUUUUUCCUUGGUGGAAAUGAUCAAACAUUCUCAAAAUUCUUCUUUACAUAUCUGACAUCAGAACGAUUUCAUAUUUCGAAUAGUGCUGCAAGUUGGGGUAUUAUCGUUUAUUGGCUUUCGUAUUCGAUCGGUCGAUUGCUUGGAGCGAUAUUCUCGGUGAUUUUAUCGGUGAAUAUGUGUUUGAAUAUCGCUUGGUUUGCCGGUUUAUCCCUUGCUAUUGCUUGGCUUGUUUUCGUAUGGACAAUUGGUUUAACAAGCACAAGUUUGUUCAUUCUCGGUGCUGCCACUGGCUUAGUUUUAGCACCAAUAUUUCCUCUGUCAUUCGGUACAAUUAAUCAACAAUUGGAAACAACGCCCGUACUUGUUGCAUUACUUCUGUGUGGUUCAGCGCUCGGAGCUAUCACAUUCCAGAAACUAGCUGGUAAUAUAGAUUCUACUGAAAUCGAUCUAGUUCAUUUUCGAUUAUCUCGAUCUUUAGGUUUGAUAAUGGAUCGUAAUUCCAAUCAUUUCCCGACAUUGUUGAUCAUUUGUAUGCUGAUGUCGAUUAUUCUUUAUAUUGCAUCGAAUGUCAUUCAUUUCGUUCACCGAAGAAAAACUUCAUCGAACGCACGUGGCUCAGUUAUCAAUGGUGCUCCGUUCUUACCUGAGCGUAUCAGUCUAGAGGAAUAG